UGCUGUCAUCGCAAUAGUCUGCUAAUUGUGCAACGUGUUUGAGCGAAAUACAAACGACUUAAAAUGAAAGUUGAGGCAUUGGAUAAAUUCUGGACUGACAAAAGUCGCUAUGACAUUGCCGAAAAGCGAUUUUACGAGGGCCCCCAAAAGGUCACUGAUCGCAGCCACUACAGCCCCUUAGUAAGCGAAAUUGCAAAGGCUAGGGAACACAUACAGAACUCAUUGGAAAAGAUUGACGGGGUUACCUUGGAUUCCAAUUCACCGCUCGCUAGCCGACUGUCGCAAAUUGAGGGCGAGAAUAAGGAACUCAAAUCUGAAGUUGCCACACUGAACAAACUGUUCAAUGCCCUCCUCAAGCGCGUUGAAACGCUUGAAGGUCAACUGAAGUUGACCAACGGCGAGGCAAAGAAGUCAGAAGCACCAACAAACAGCCAGAAGGAGCAGAAGGAGGACGACGAUGAUGUCGAUCUCUUUGGCUCGGACAGCGAGGAGGAGGGUGAGGAGGCUGCGCGCAUAAGGGAAGAACGUUUGGCGGCCUACGCUGCCAAAAAAUCCAAGAAAGCUGUAAUUAUCGCCAAGUCGAACAUCAUCCUUGACGUCAAGCCCUGGGACGAUGAAACCGAUCUUAAAGUCAUGGAGACUGAAAUCCGCAAAAUCACCCUCGAUGGCCUGCUGUGGGGCGCUUCCAAAUUCGUUCCCGUUGCCUUCGGCAUCCAGAAGCUCAGUAUCUCUUGUGUGGUUGAGGACGACAAGGUUUCCAUUGACUGGCUGACUGAGGAGAUCGAGAAACUUGAAGACUUUGUUCAGAGCGUUGACAUUGCUGCCUUCAACAAGAUCUAAGAAGAGUGUUUAAUUUAUCACGCGCAGAUUCGGAUUUACCUCAUUACGAAUGGGUGUCAUUUAAAUAAAUAUUUUGAUAUAACAAAUAGAA